CCCCCUUCGCGUCGCGUUGCCAUGGGAACGAGCCGCCAUUGCUGUUGUGUUGACGGAGCGGGACGGUGCAAGGCCUCACCGGACCCAGCGCUCACACAACCGGCUCCAUGAAAUCCUACAGCCGCUACCGGACACGGGCACGGAGCACCGAGGUGGAUGAGAGCCUGUUUGGGCCCCCCGGCCCCAUCGUGCUCCUACAAGAUGCGCGCAGCGCUCCCAAAUCCGCCUCCUGUUCUCAGCACCGCCCCGAAACCAUCCAGCUGCUCAGCAACGACCACGUCCGCAGCCUCGUCGUCCCCACAGAGAACCCGGUGCCAUCCCUCAUCAUCAGCCUGCAGGACUUCCAGCGCAUCCAGGAGUCAUCCCGAGUGCUGAGCAAGGAGCAGCGUGAAGCUCAGCUGGCAGCCAGGAAAGCACAGAAGGAGGCUCAACUUGAAGCCAUGAAUGAGCGUAAGACAGAGGGGAAGCGCAAAGCCCUCCUGCAGCAGAACAAGCCGAGUGACCUGGAGCAGGAGGCAAAGGAACGUGCCCAGCAUCUGCUGCAGCGAGCAAACAGGAUGCGCAUGGAACAGGAGGAUGAGAUCAAGGAGUUCAGCGAGAUGCUCAUGGGUGUGAAAUGCCACAUGAUCCGCGACACUCAGAUCCUGGAGAAGAGGCAGAUAGCCAAAGAGAUGGAGGAGGAGGAGAAACGCCUGGCCAGGAUGAUGGAGGUGGAGAGGCAGAGGACCAAUGAGAUGCAGGAGGAGCUGGAACAGAGGAGGAAGCAGGAGAUGAUCAAGGGUAGACAGGAGCUGGUGAGGCAGAUAGAGAAGAACGCGGAGGAUCGGGCGCUGAGGGCUGAGCAGAAGGACCAGGAGACCCAGGAGAUGCUGCGGUACCUGGAGCACCUGAAGAUGGAGGAGCUGAAGGAGUUGGAGCAGAAGAAGGAGCAGCAGAAGAAAAUCCAGGCUGAGAUAAAACGCAUCAACGAUGAGAAUCAGAGGUUCAAGAAGGAGCAGCUGGAGAAGGAGAAGGUGCUCGAGUACCAGCGGCUGAAAAUGGAGAGGGAGGCAGAGCUGGAAGCUGAGCAGGAGAAGAUCCGUCGGGAGAAGGAGAAGGAGACGGCGCGGCUCAGGGCCAUGCAGGAGAAGGCCCUCGACCAACAGGCAGAGAAGGAUGCACUGAGAGCCAAACGCAGCCAGGAGGCGGCUGAACGGGAAUGGAGGAGGAAGGAGAAGGAGAAAGCACAGAAGAAGGCUGAGAUGGAAGAACAGCUGCGACAGGGCCGUAACAAACAGAUUGCUGAUAGGGAGCACUGCAUGGCUGUGCAGGUGAUGAGGGACCGCAAGGACUUCGAGCGCAUCCUCCGGGCCCAGCAGGAGCAGAUAGAGAAGGAGAAGGCAGAGGAGGCUCGGAGGGCAGCCCUGCAGUUGGCCCACGCCGAUGAUAUCCGACGGCAGAUAAAGGAGCUGCAGCAGCUGAAGGCCCAGGAGCGCAUGGCUGCAUUCGAGGAGAGCAAGAAGCUGAAGGAGGAAGUUGAGAAACGCAACCGACGCAUCGCUCAGCUCAAACAGCAGAAGCUCAAGGAGUUCAGGGCUUCUGGCAUCCCAGAGAAGUACUGUGCCCAGGUGGAGCGGUGGGCACGGGCUGAGGCUCAGCCCCCCACGGAGUAGAAAGCAGCAGCUCAAGAGUUUCGUCUUUCUUAGGGCAGAGUUGUCUACAAACAAGAGAUAUUUAUGGAGCA